AUGUUCGGUAUGGCAUCAUCUGAUAAGCCAGAUAUCGUUGAAAGAGAAGUCAAGGAGGAAGAACACAAAGAAGAUGACAAGGGUGAAGGAAAGGGUGGAUUCAUUGAAAAGGUGAAGGAUUUUAUCCAUGAUAUUGGUGAGAAGAUUGAAGAAACAAUAGGAUUUGGAAAGCCAACUGCAGAUGUUGCUGGCAUUCACAUCCCUUCAAUAAAUCUUGAGAAGGCAGAGAUAGUUGUUGAUGUGCUCGUGAAAAAUCCAAAUCCAAUUCCAAUCCCUCUCAUUGACAUAAGCUAUCUAAUUGAAAGUGAUGGAAGGAAACUGGUUUCUGGGUUGAUUCCGGAUGCUGGAACUAUCCAUGGUCAUGGUUCAGAGACUGUUAAGAUACCACUCACUCUGAUAUAUGAUGACAUUAAAAAAACAUAUGAUGAAAUAAAACCUGGAAGUAUCAUUCCUUAUCGGGUUAAGGUUGACCUCAUUGUGGAUGUGCCAGUUUUUGGUAGAAUAACUAUUCCGGUUGAGAAAACUGGAGAGAUCCCCAUCCCGUACAAACCUGAUAUUGAUAUUGAGAAAAUUCGCUUUGAGAGAUUCUCUUUCGAGGAAACUGUUGCAAUUCUACAUCUGAAAUUGGAAAACAAGAAUGACUUUGACAUGGGGCUCACUGCAUUAGAUUAUGAGGUUUGGUUGUCUGGUGUAAGCAUUGGUGGUGCAGAACUCGCCAAAUGUACAAACAUUGACAAAAAUGGAAUCAGUUACAUUGAUAUUCCCAUCACCUUCAAGCCUAAGGACUGUGGUUCUGCUCUUUGGGACAUGAUUAGAGGAAAAGGCACUGGUUACACCAUGAAAGGACACAUUGAUGUCAACACACCUUUUGGAGCAAUGAAGCUGCCCAUGAACAAGGAGGAUGGUACAACCCGCCUGAAGAAGAACAAAGAAGAUGGGGGCGAUGACGACGACGAGGUAUAUUAA